AUUCCCAUUGCAGUAUUUUCUCUUUUUGGUAUUUUGUAUAGCUGUAGCAAGGUUGUCUGGUCACAUUGUUUCCACUGCAAAAUUUCGGGACGGAAGUCGCUGGAAACGAACGAGUAAGCCGCACCGGAAAGUAACCAAGAAAGCCAUGAUGAUCCGAUCCCGCCUCACACAGGCGGCCCAGGCCGCUCAGCGUGCGUUCUCCACCAGCCCGAAAGCGAUGGCCGCCAAGCAGAUGACCGUGCGGGAUGCCCUCAACAGCGCCCUGGACGAGGAGCUGGCCCGCGACGACCGUGUCUUCUUACUCGGCGAGGAGGUCGCCCAAUACGACGGCGCCUACAAGGUGUCUCGUGGCUUGUGGAAAAAGUACGGCGACAAGCGUAUCAUCGACACGCCAAUCACAGAAAUGGGCUUCGCUGGAAUCGCCACUGGAGCUGCCAUGGCUGGACUUCGUCCUGUUUGCGAGUUCAUGACCUUCAACUUUGCCAUGCAGGCUAUUGAUCACAUCAUCAACUCGGCCGCCAAGACCUUCUACAUGUCGGCUGGUGCCGUCAACGUGCCCAUUGUGUUCCGUGGUCCCAAUGGCGCUGCUUCCGGAGUGGCUGCCCAGCACUCCCAGUGCUUUGCCGCCUGGUACGCCCACUGCCCGGGCUUGAAAGUGAUCUCACCCUACGACACUGAAGAUGCUCGUGGUCUGCUAAAGGCCGCCAUUCGGGAUCCUGAUCCGGUGGUGUUCCUGGAGAACGAGCUGAUGUACGGCACGGCAUUCCCUGUUGACGACACCAUAACCGACAAGAACUUUGUUAUACCCAUCGGCAAGGCAAAGAUUAUGCGUCCUGGCAAGGACAUCACCAUUGUGGCGCAUUCCAAGGCUGUUGAGACAUCGCUGCUCGCUGCCGCUGAGCUCGCCAAGAAGGGCAUCGAGGCGGAGGUCAUUAACCUACGCUCCAUUCGGCCCUUGGACACCGCGACUAUUUUUGCCUCCGUCAAAAAGACCCACCACCUGAUCACCGUGGAGAACGGCUGGCCUCAGCACGGUGUUGGAGCUGAGAUUUGCGCCCGCAUCAUGGAGGAUCAGACCUUCUUCGAACUUGACGCCCCCGUGUGGCGCUGCGCCGGUGUAGAUGUGCCCAUGCCGUAUGCCAAGACUCUUGAGGCUCAUGCGCUGCCCCGUGUUCCCGAUCUGGUCGAUGCAGCACUGAAGGUGCUGGGAGGAAAGGCUGGAAAGGCGGCUGCAGCUGCUAAGUAGAGAUUAUCGUCUUGCACCCCGAGUUAUCUAAAUUUACAGUCCUUAUCGAAACGCUGCCUCUGGUCUAACCGAGCUGCCACCCAAAUUAGCGCACCGAAUCCGAAAACGGGAAACAGAAUGGUUUGGAAAUUCAAAAGCACCUAGGGUUAUUUUUUAUUUUCGAACGAUCUAGUUGAAUUAUUUGAUUAUGGAAAUCUCUUCUGAAAAUAAAAGGAAAUUACAAACGAUA